CUAAAGAAUGCUUACCGAUGCCUUAAUUUUGAUACAACGAAUAAUAGACAGUGAUUAUGAUACCUAACUUAUCAAAAAUACUCUAAUUAAAUUCAAGAAUGCAAACCAAUUAGAAAUUAUGGCUUUAAUGGAGAUAAUUCUUUAAUAAAUUUCAUCUACGUUUAAUUAUCAGAAAGAAGCAGAGUAUUUAGAAUUGUUGAAAGAAUUACAAUAUUUAGUAUAGAAUAAAUUUACAACUCUUGGUGCCCCUAGUGCUAACACUAAUAAUUUUUUAGAAUACAAAACUAAGUGUAAUUCAUAAAAGAAAGGAAUUUUAUUAUUAAAUUAUCAAGGAAAAAUUAGUAUUACAAUGUAUUUAUUUUAGUUCUAUCUGAUUAAAUAUCCAGAGACAUUAUAGAAUUAAAUUCAAAGUGUGAUCUUAAAUAGAAGACCUUCUUCUCUCUUAUUAGCUAAGCUUCACAGUAGAAACUAGAAGAGAUGGUUCAAAAACGUUGCUUGUUGUCGAACGGAAAAAGUAUGGAUUCUUUUAAAAUUGCCAUACGUUCUGACAGAAACAGAAAGAAAACUCUUAAAUACUUAAAUUAAAUCGCCUCGAAUAGUAAAAAAGUUAAUAAGAUUAAGGCUGAAAGUAUAAUCUAAAUUGAUAAAUUAAAAGAUUCUAAAGCCAUGGAAAAAACAUAAAUGUUGAUUGCAAAGUAUUUAAAAUCAAUAGAAGUAACGAUCUAUUAAGCCGCUUUUUAAUUUGAUGAAGAAUUUAAGACCUAAUUUUCAAAUUCAGAUGAUAUUAUUUUAAGUAACUUGGAUAGUUUAGAUAAUAAAAAUGCCAAUUAAUUAGCCAUUUGUGAAGUGAAAGAAAUAGAUGAAUAACUAAAAUUUACAGAAGAAGAAUUAUUGUUAGAUGAUUAAAUUAAAAAACAUGAAGGUAUAUUGAGUAUCAUUAUCUUAGAUAAAUGGAACAAAAGAGUUAAGAAACUUAAAUGUUAAAAAUCUAAUUGA